AGUGACACGUAUUCGCUCACUGCGGUCUAGCACAGCUCAAACUGAACAAGACAGAGACAAACUCCUUUCACGCAUCCAUUUCGGAAAUUUUUGGUGUCAAACACAACCCAAAAGAGUCAAUGCCGGCUGCCGUCCCCUGACCUGCCUCACGACGCAGUUCACGGUGCUUCGAAAAAUCAUCAGAGUGAGACCUCGCUUUACGGUUAAGCUCAGUGGUCUCAGUUUGUCUGCAUGGCGGUGAUAAUCCGUUGUGUUGCCAUUAAAGCGCACGUUUUUAGCGGUCGUGUGUGGAGGUGAGGAGAUGUUAGACUUCAAUACAAGUCCAAAUACCUAGACAUUUAGUAAAAUAGUCAGAAUGACACCUUUGCUCUUUGGAUUCUUCUCUGAUAGCUGUCUUUGUUAGCGUGUCAUGCCUCUUAGUUUCUUUGUUUUGGUCACUGUUAGAGAAAGUGUGGCUGUCUAAACACAGACCGGAUGUUGUGGUCGCUGAAGGGACCUUAUCAGUGGUUAAAAAUUAAAGUAGACUAAGGUUUCUUUCUUAGUGCAUUAUACGAAGGUAAACUGUUUUUGAGGACAUCUUGAAUGUGUUUUACAAGAGAAACAGUGUCUCCUCCAGUCUUGUUUAUUUCAGAAGCCAUUGAUCAACAAGAUUCAGAUAAAUAUUAACUUUGACUUCCUGUUACUUGACCCCUCCUAUCCAGCCCACUCUCCAUUCAGAGGGUCAAUUCCAUCUCUGUUCAAAGAUUGUUUGCAGCUGACCGCCUGUGUGUCAGACGAAGAGCACUGAACAGCAAGUACUUCAGUUCAUCCACCUCACAUUUAGCUACAGGUUGGUGUUGUAAAUUAUACCACCAUUUUCUCUAAUGUUGCAUCAAGAGAAAUGUAAUCUGAUGUAUAAGGGCUGUCAUGACUUUGUUGUGUUCCUCUUCUUUCACUCUUACCUUCACUCCACAGUCUCCACAAUGAGAAAAAAGCUGCUGGCAGAUGUGGACUGUGGGACAGACGAUGCUCAGGCCAUCAUGAUGGCGCUCGCUGACCCAAAUGUGGAGCUGCUGGGGGUCACUUGUGUCCAUGGAAACACCACUGUUGAGAAUGUGUGCAAGAAUACGCUGAGAGUUCUGCAAGCCUGCAAUAAACUAGAGGUGGGUGCGGCACUGUACGUUAUUGAUAGUUAUCUAUGACCUUAUCCAGCCCCUUGGUAAACAUUGUGUCUUUCUCUGUUGGCUUGAGUUUUACAAGGAAUUUAUUGGAGUUAUGUAACAAAUUAGGGGGCCAGACAGUGAGUUGUUGUUCCUGAAGUCACAUGAUGUGAAGCAGGAACAUGAGAAAUUACACAACCACAUUGAGCUCUGUUGGACUUACAUGUCACGUUGGAUCAGACGCCAUCCUCUCUACACGUUCCAGAUUCCAGUGUUUAAAGGAGCUGAUAAGCCCAUCCUGGGGAACGCCAUUGAUGCGGGACACUUCCACGGACUGGACGGGUUGGGAGAUGCUCCAUGCCCCAACCCUCCCAGCCAGGACCUGGUUCAGGAAGAGAGUGCUGUGUCUGCCAUGAUCAGGAUUGUCAAUGAAAACCCAGGAGAGGUAAAAGAUACAGAUAAAGACACAGCUCUCUCUCGGUCUGUUGUCAUCUGAAAGGUUUUUGAGUCUGAGUGCUCUCCCCAGGUGUCUCUUGUUGCCACGGCACCGCUUACCAACCUGGCUCUGGCUGUGAGGAUGGAUCCAUCCCUACCCAGCAAACUCCGGGGCCUCUACAUCAUGGGAGGCAACACUGAUUGUCAGUCAAAUUUUUUAUCCAGACAAGAUAAACCAAAAGUUUUAUUGUAUCUUAUCUCCUUUGAGGGUUGCUCUAAACAGGUAACCAGCAGUUUGAUCUGAUUUACUCCCUCAGCUCGAGGAAACACCACAGUGUGUGCUGAGUUUAAUUUUGCUGCUGAUCCAGAAGCUGCAUACAUCGUGUUGAAGGAUUAUUGCUGUCCCACUUACCUGGCCUGCUGGGAGUUUACCUGCCACAGCAAGCUGUCCUGGGUACGAAUUCUUUUGCAUUUUGUAACUGAGAAAUUUUAUUUCCAUUUAUUAAUACAGACUUUGGAGAUAUCUGAUGAGAAGAAUCAGGUCCUGUAAUUACUCAAUCUGGCACUUUUAAAACAAAUGCUCCCUGUUCUCCUAUCUGCCUGAUACUUGGUACUGCUGUUACACAUGUUGAGGAUACAGCUUUUUUCAAAUCCAGCCCCUCUAAAUAAUUUGAAUAAUCCUGUGAGUUACAGCUGCUGUUUACUCUUUUCCUUUCUUUGACAGGAGUUUUGUGAUGCCUGGUUGGCCCAGGACACAGACAAGGCCCGCUUCAUGGCUCGGAUCUUUCGCCACAGCAUCGAGGCUUCACGAAGCGAACGCUGCGAGAAAGAGUUUGUUGCUGGCACAGGGUUUGUUUCCUGUGACUCGUACGCCAUGGCGGCUGCUAUGGAUGAUUCAUUCAUCUUGGAAUAUGACGAGUAUCCUGUUAGCGUGGAGCUGACAGGCACACAUACCCGGGGCAUGAUGGUCAUGGAUACUGUGGGGUUCCUGAAGGGGAAGGAGGCGCCUAAGAAGGCUUUUAUCAUGAAGAAGGUGGAUAUGAAGAAGUUUGAGCAGAUGAUGAUGGCUGCUUUAAAAUAACAGCAGUGAACAUGCUAAAGAGCCAUGAGUGAGAAACUUCCUGUCUGCAGAUCUGGGCUGAACAUAAGUGUUCAUUUGUUGUUCUUUGGCCCCUUUGUUUUUUUAUUUCAAGAGCAUUUUUGUCAUUUUUAUAAUGACAACAAAUAGAUACUGUGUAUUUGUAGUAUCUUGUAGUGAACACUUAAAAUGAAGCUAAUUUUUUAAAUCCUAUGACUCACUACUGUACAUACAAACCCUAAUCAUAUGAUGUCACCGUCACACAGCUUUUUUAAUGUUCAAUAAACAAUAAAAUGUUUUAACAAAAGAA